AUGGCGGGGACGUCGAGGCACGACCGUGAGAUGGCGCUGAGGGCCAAGCGGCAGCUGGCGGCCUGUUCGGACCCGGUGGAGAAGCUCCGCCUCCAGUGUCUGAUACGAGGCUCCUCAGGGAUCAAAGGCCUGAGCAGAACCUUCAGGAUCAUGGAUGAUAACAGCAGCCGCUCUCUGGACCUGAAGGAGUUCCUGAAGGGUCUCAAUGACUUCGGGCUGGUGCUGGAGAAGGACGAGGCCAUGCAGCUGUUUCAGCACUUGGACCGGGACGGCAGCGGAGCCAUCGACUUUGACGAGUUCCUGGUUGCUCUCAGGCCGCCGAUGUCCAAGGCCCGGAAGGAGGUGGUGAUGCAGGCGUUCAGGAAGCUGGAUAAAACGGGUGACGGGGUGAUCACGGUGGAGGACCUGCAGGGGGUGUACAACGCCAAGUACCACCCCAAGUACCAGAACGGGGAGUGGACGGAGGAGCAGGUGUUCAGGACCUUCCUGGACAACUUCGACUCGCCGUACGACAAAGACGGGAAGGUGACCCAGGAGGAGUUUAUGAGUUAUUACGCCGGAGUGAGCGCCUCCAUCGACACCGACGUCUACUUUAUUGUGAUGAUGAGAAACGCCUGGAAACUGUGACUUCUGGUGACCAAAGAGGAGUUUGUGAGCUACUACUGUGGCGUCAGCGCCU